AUGGAUACACAAAAGAUUUCAAAGUACUGGUGUGUCGUACCAGGCUGUACGUCAGACGGACGUAAAAAGCGGAACCUGGAAAAGUAUCCAGCUAUGGAAGGAGUUGAUUAUUUUUUCCCGUUUCCGACCCGUCUAAAGAACAACACAAUUAGAAAGAGGUGGAUCUCUCAGAUUAAUAGAGAGAAUUUUGAACCAAAACGACAUCAUCGGGUGUGCUCCAAUCAUUUUGUUGACGGAAGACCUACCGAGUGUAAUCCAGUCCCAACAUUGUUUCCAAGAAAUAAUUUCAUGCGCCCAUUGAAGGAGAGACCACAGAAUGCUGUUGAAAAAAGAAGCAACUUCACCUCUGUUCAACCUGAUAAAUUUCAAGAUAAUAAAACACUUGGGCUUGAACUCUUUAAUGCACCACCAGUUGCAGCAGAAGUUGUUGUAACUGCAGUUCUUGAAGGUGAAACAGCUCCUCAAGUUCAAUCCAGAAAGUUGCCAGGAAUAGCAGCUAAGUCCAGUGUCGUGAAUCUUGAUCAUUCAUACAUGUCCAAAGAAAAAAGCUUGGAUAGACCUGAACCUGUUGAAAUGUCCACACAAACGGAUCUUACAGGAGAAGAUAUUGAACUCUUGCGGCGGCAGACCACAGAGAUGAAAGCAAAACUGGCUGACAAAGAAACAUUGAUACGAGACUGUUUCUUGGAAAAUGUCGUCAAGUCUGAUCAAUCAGUAAAACAUUACACAGGAUUACCAAGUAAACCUAUUUUGUAUGGAUUGUUUUCAUCAAUAGAAGCAGACAAAUGCAAACUCAAAUACUGGGCAGGAAAAAAAUCUGUUGGUGAAAUGAAAUAUGAAGAGGAAGGAAACAAACCAGGACCCAAACGGAAGCUCAGUCCCUACGAGGAAUUCAUUUUAACUCUUGUCAGACUACGACUUGGAAUGGUAGGAUUUGUUCUUGCAGAUUUAUUUGGUGUUUCACAAAUUUUUACCACCUGGAUAUCAUAUAUGCAUGAUGUUUUUAGUCCACUUAUUAAAUGGCAGUCUAGAGAAAAAAAUAUCAAAUACAUGCCAAAAUCAUUCAAGAAAUCAUUUCCCAGGACUUGUGCUAUUAUAGACUGCACCGAAUUUUUUGUUCAGAGGCCAAAAACUCCUACUUGUCAGUCAGCAACCUACAGCUCUUACAAACAUCAUAACACAUUCAAAUGUUUAGUGAGCAUUACCCCUUCCGGUGCAUUUAACUAUAUUUCAGACUUAUGGGCUGGAAAUGUAUCCGAUAGAUAUAUUACUGAGAAUAGUUCUUUUUUGGAUAAUAUAGAGCCAUACGAUGAAGUUAUGGCUGAUCGUGGCUUUAACAUUGGGGACCUUUUGACCUUGAGAAGAGCGACUCUGAAUAUUCCUCCUUUUACUCACAAGUGUCUUUGGGGUAAAGGAAAACAUUUGAAUGCCAAUGAAAUAAGGAAAACUAGAAAAAUAGCAAAUUUAAGAAUUCAUGUAGAGAGAGCAAUACAAAGACUAAAGUGUUUCAAACUACUUUCAAAUAUUAUUCCAUUGAAAUUAAAACCUAUUUGUAAUCAAAUGUUAAAAGUUGCUGCAUUUUUAUGCAACAUUGACAAACCUCUUGUUAAAAACUAG